CGGGCGGGACGGCGGAAGGAUAUGGGACUUGCUGCCUAUAUAGCCCACUCCGUUGCCCUUUGUGUAUCAUAACCUGAGACAACCAAGGGAGUAGUGCUGUUAGACACCGGUGGGAAUCAUUUGUUUUGUCAAAAUGCAGAUCUUUGUGAAGACGCUGACUGGUAAGACCAUCACUUUGGAGGUGGAGCCCAGUGACACCAUUGAAAAUGUCAAGGCUAAGAUUCAGGAUAAGGAGGGCAUCCCUCCUGACCAGCAGCGUCUGAUCUUUGCUGGCAAGCAGCUGGAAGAUGGCCGCACCCUCUCAGACUACAACAUCCAGAAGGAGUCCACCCUCCAUCUUGUGUUGCGUCUGAGGGGAGGCAUGCAGAUCUUCGUCAAGACCCUGACUGGCAAGACCAUCACCCUGGAGGUGGAGCCCAGCGACACCAUCGAGAACGUGAAAGCUAAGAUUCAGGAUAAGGAGGGCAUCCCCCCUGACCAGCAGCGUCUGAUCUUUGCUGGCAAGCAGCUGGAAGAUGGCCGCACCCUCUCCGACUACAACAUCCAGAAGGAGUCCACCCUCCAUCUUGUGCUGCGUCUGAGGGGAGGCAUGCAGAUCUUCGUCAAGACCCUGACUGGCAAGACCAUCACCCUGGAGGUGGAGCCAAGCGACACCAUCGAGAACGUGAAAGCUAAGAUUCAGGAUAAGGAGGGCAUCCCUCCUGACCAGCAGCGUCUGAUCUUUGCUGGCAAGCAGCUGGAAGAUGGCCGCACCCUCUCUGACUACAACAUCCAGAAGGAGUCCACCCUCCAUCUUGUGCUGCGUCUGAGGGGAGGCAUGCAGAUCUUUGUGAAGACCCUGACUGGCAAGACCAUCACCCUGGAGGUGGAGCCAAGCGACACCAUUGAGAACGUGAAAGCUAAGAUUCAGGAUAAGGAGGGCAUCCCCCCUGACCAGCAGCGUCUGAUCUUUGCUGGCAAACAACUGGAAGAUGGCCGCACCCUCUCUGACUACAACAUCCAGAAGGAGUCCACCCUCCAUCUUGUGCUGCGUCUGAGGGGAGGCAUGCAGAUCUUUGUGAAGACCCUGACUGGCAAGACCAUCACCCUGGAGGUGGAGCCAAGCGACACCAUCGAGAACGUGAAAGCUAAGAUUCAGGAUAAGGAGGGAAUUCCCCCUGACCAGCAGCGUCUGAUCUUUGCUGGCAAGCAGCUGGAAGAUGGCCGCACCCUCUCUGACUACAACAUCCAGAAGGAGUCCACCCUCCAUCUUGUGCUGCGUCUCCGUGGAGGAAACUAAUCUGCUUCUGCUAAAAGAAUUCCCAGUUAACCCACCAUCUAUUCCAGUGUUUAAAUCGCUUGUUCUCCUCAAGCAGUCAGGCAUUCCUUUUUAAUUUUUUUUUUUUUUUUUUUUUUUUUUUUUUAAUUGGAGUUACAAUAAAGGUUGCGCAUUCCUGAAUUUUGCUUUCAUUUGCUUUUAAUUUCACUUUGCAUUUUGAACUGCUUAGCUGACAGUGGUGUGUUCUUGGGUUCCACAACGUGAUUUGAGAUUAAAAAAAAAAUGCAUAAACAUGAUGUUAAAAUGAUAAUAUUGGAAACAUGUUUAAGUAGUGUAACAUUAAUUAGAAGUUCACAAACAGGUUUAAAUUGUCAGUUUGGUAGAUGGAAGUGUUCACUGUAUUUCAUUGCAACCGUCAGAGCAAAAUCUCCAUGGAAACACUGCUGUUACAAAUGAUAACUAAUAAAAUGGCUUCUCACCAUAA